AUGGGGAAGGGUCUGUUGUGCUUUGGUUUGGCAGUUCUGCUGCAGCUGCAGCUUGGUUCUGCCUACAAACUAGUGUGCUAUUUCACCAACUGGUCUCAGUAUAGGCCAGAGCCGGCCAAAUACUUCCCAAACAACAUUGAUCCAAAUCUCUGUACUCAUUUGAUAUAUGCCUUCGCCACUAUGAAUCAACAUAAAAUUGCUCCUUAUGAAUGGAAUGAUGAGGACAGGCUCUUCCCUGAAUUUCAAGCACUUAAGAACAGCAACCCCAAUCUUGUCACACUGCUAGCUAUUGGAGGCUGGAAUUUUGGCACACAGAAGUUCACUGAAAUGGUUGCCUCAGCUACCAAUCGUAAAAUCUUCAUUGAUUCAGUGAUUGAAUAUCUUUGUAAGUUUGGGUUUGAUGGGAUUGACCUGGACUUUGAAUACCCAGGAUCGAGGGGAAGUCCUCCCGAAGACAAGCAACGCUUCACGAUCCUGAUUCGGGAAAUGCUGGCUGCCUUUGAGAAUGGUAAAUGUAAUGGGAAAAGGCUUUUGAUCACAGCAGCGGUUUCUGCUGGCAAAGGGACCAUUGAUGCUGGAUAUGAAAUUGCUGCAAUAGGACAACUUUUAGAUUUCAUCAGUGUAAUGACAUAUGACUUCCACGGAGGUUGGGAUACCUGCACAGGACACAACAGCCCAUUGUAUGUGGGAUCCAAAGACCAGGGUGAUUUAAGGUAUUUCAACUGUGAUUAUGCCAUGCAAUACUGGAAGGACAAUGGUGUCCCAGCUCAAAAACUGCUUAUGGGAUUCCCCACCUAUGGGCGCACUUUCAGGCUUACUACAUCAGAUACAGGUGUUUGUGCACCUGUCUCUGGGGCUGGCUCUGCCGGCCCUUACACCCGCGAGGCAGGCUUCUGGGCCUACUAUGAGAUUUGCACAUUUUUAAAAACUGCCACAAAAGAAUGGAUUGAUGACCAGAAAGUUCCAUAUACCUACAAGGGUAAUGAAUGGGUUGGAUAUGAUGACAUUUGCAGCUACAAAUACAAAGUCAAAUACCUGAAAGAGAACAAUUUUGGAGGUGCCAUGGUUUGGGCAAUUGACCUGGAUGAUUUUCUGGGUACAUUCUGUAAUGAAGGAAAAUAUCCUUUAAUAAAUGAGCUGAAGAGACUUCUUGAAUCAAAUGAGCCUAUUGUGCCAGACUGCCCUGGUGGUGUAACUCCAUCCCCUCCCACAACUACUACUACCACUAAUGGAGAUACAGGUCCUACUCCUCCUCCUCCUGCAACUACAACUGUGGGGCCCCCAGUGCCUGGUAACUUUUGUGCCAACCAACCGGAUGGUAUCCAUGCGGACCCAGAAGACAAGACCAAAUUCUACGUAUGCGCUAACCAUCAGAGUUACAGUUUCAGCUGCGCAGCUGGAUUGGUUUUCGAUGACAGCUGCAAGUGCUGCAACUACCCUUAAAUAUUAACAGGUGGUUUCCAUCAAGGAGA